UAAUAUCAGGUCUAGAGGAGCAAGGAAUGUUGGGGCUGCGCUGUUUUUUGGCUGUGAAUAUGUCGAGGUUUUCUCCUUUAGCCUCAAUAUUAUGGUCAAAAAGUAUUGAAUCCAGUUUAUUGUUAGGUGGAGAUAGUGGCCUUCAUC